AUAUAUUUUGACAAAAUUUGUACUCUUAUCGAAUAAUAUAUUUCUUCGUGUCUUGUGUUCUUUUUUUAGUUCUUUUCGAAUGUGAAACCAAUUUGGUAGAAUAUUUAAAUGAAUAUUUAUUUUCAAUUGAAUUAAAUAGAUAUGACGACGGUUUAACAAAGUAGACAUUGCUUUGGCAAUACUUUUUAAAGAAGAAAGCUUUUCACAUUCGAAAUUACUUUCGCUAUUGAUUAUACAAUCAAAAUCAUAGCUUGACUAAUCAAUCGAUCGUAUUUCUCGAUCAUAAAUUAAUUCGUUUUAAUUUCACUUUACGUGAUCGCAAUAUACAAGUUUAUUUAUUUUAGAUUUUAUUAAUAAAAUUUCUCUUGCCCCCUCUUCGCUUAUUUAUAAAAAAUAUGCAAUUUACAUAUUAUUAUUAUUAUAUACAUUCAUCGUGGUAAUUGAAAGAUCUCUCGAAUAUUUGAUUUAUUUGCCUUGCGUUGAACCAGGAAAGAAGAAAUCGAACAAUUACGUGUCUAAAUUGAACUUGACUUUGAAGAAGAAGAAGAAAUAAAAAAGCGAGACACGUCCAUUUUCUUUACGAAUUUCUAUUGUGUGAUUUUCUUUUUCUAUUAACUCUUGACAAAUUCCUUUCACGCAUUUGUAUAGGAAAAUACUAGUACGAAUACUACUACUUUCUUUUUACUACCUGUAAAUGAACACUGUAAUAUGAAACAUAUUUCACAAAUUACGUUAUAAUACGUUUAAUAGUAAUGAUUUGAAAGAAAGUUAAAAGGAAAUUUUCGUUAAUAUGAUAUAACAAAGAUGAAUUUUAGUUUCUCCCGUAAUUUUAACAACGAUGAUGUUGCUUUUUAAAACCGCAAAAUUCGCAUUCAACAACCAUAAUACGAUCUUGAAGUUCUGCGAGAGAGUUGAAACGUGUUGUGAACAAACCCCAGAAAAGUUUGAGGUAUGCGGUUAGAUAACGUCGUAUUCACUUCCCGAAUAGAAAGUUUUACUUGAUUAGAAACGUGCGUAGAGUUAGGCUCUUCAAAUCAUUCUUCCAAUAAUUCUUAAUAAUUCUAUCGUGCUUAUAUGUCAUUCUGAAAAAUAAUCUAACAGGAAUAUUUAAUAAUAAUCUGCUUUGAUCAGUUAAAAAUUGACGAUGCUUCGGGAAGAUACACCAAUGGUUUCUUCUGGGGUAAUUCAUAUUUCACUGGAUCAGCAACAGAAUGUGGAUACAUCGGUCAAAAUUACGUUAGAAGUAAUGAGAAAUCUACAUCCAUGUCUAUUAUAAAUGAAGUACAGGAAUUUAAUGCAGAACCCCAUAAAAGAGGAAACCUCGGUUUGAGUGGCUCUAAUCUUUUAACUCAAACUUUUAUAGAUCAACCACCUUAUUCUUUAGGUUUUUAUAUGAUGAGAAUUUCUUUAAAUACGACCUUGUUACCCAUGACAAGAUUGAUGCAUAUUGGAGUUUGUUUGCCAUUUUCUUGCACAUCGGCUGACGUAUCAAUAAUAGCAAAACUUGCUGCUAGUGAUAUUACUGCUAAAAAUUUAGUCAUUGAGAAAAUUCGAGAUCAACAUAAUUUGUACGACAUGUACUCCGAUCCUGUUUAUUGGAUUCUUUUUGGUGUCACAUCUGUGGUGAUAAUUCUUAUGAUAGCUGGUUCUGGAUAUGAUUGGUAUUUGACUCGAAUGGUCGCUCGUAAAAAAAAUAUGAUUUACGAUUUGGAAAAGCAUGGAAAGCUUGAUCAACUUAGUAAUGGAAAUCCAAAAACGUUAAACGUGGCAGAUACAGUUCCCAAUGGAUCUACGCCGGUCAAUAACAAUAACAAUAACGAUCACGAGAAUACCUUGCAGCCAUCUGAUGAAGUAUAUAAACUUAGUGUUCUUGAAGAAUUGCUCUUGUCUUUUUCUGUUCCUUCCAAUUUAAAAGUUAUCUGUGAUGGUAAUGUUGGAGGAGAUACAAUCAGUACCAUUCAUGGUCUAAGAGCAAUAUCAAUGGCUUGGGUGAUACUUGGACACACUUGUAUAGUAGUUUUCAAAUAUUCUGAUAACAUGGAAUAUCGAAAAGUUGUCGAAAAAAAGUUUCUUUUUCAAACAAUUACUAAUGGAGCUUUCAGCGUGGAUACCUUUUUCUUUAUGGGCGGUUUACUUGUCAGUUUUCUAUACUUUAGAACCAAUGCUAAAGGAGAUUUGAAUAAGCUUACUCAGGGUACAAAAGGUUUUGUUUCUGGGUCAUUGAAAUUCAUUGGGUUGCUUGUCUAUAGAUUCUGUAGGCUUACAGCACCGUAUAUGUUUAUUCUGGGUGUUGUUGAGAUUUCUAUGAAAUGGUUCUAUUACAAUUCUGUUUUUGAACCUCCUUCGUCUGAUCAUUACAAUUGUCCUAAAUACUGGUGGAGAAAUUUACUUUAUAUUAAUACUUUCUUUCCUGUAGACCAAAUGUGUAUGCCUUGGAGUUGGUACGUUGCGGACGAUACACAGUUCUAUAUUGUUGGUGGAGUAAUAUUAGUAUUAGCUGUAAAUCACUUUAAGAUUGCAGCAACUGCUGUUAUCACUUUAUUAGUAAGCUCCUGGUUAACAACAGGAUACAUUGCACUUGCUAACAAUCAUAUGCCAAGUUCAGAUGACCCACUGGCUUUGUUUGAUAAAAUUUAUGAUAAACCAUGGACUAGAUUAGGACCAUAUCUAAUUGGGAUGUCAGUAGGAUACUUUCUCUUCAAGACUGAUUGUAAAGUGAAAAUGUCGAAGGCCACAGUUGUUAUAGGGUGGUUACUUUCUUUCGGCUGUCUUUUAAGUUUACUUUAUGGUUUAUAUGAGGCUGAACUUAGUCCUGUAACUUCCGCUGCAUAUUCUUCAUUGAGCCACAGUGCUUGGGCACUUGGUUUAGCAUGGAUUAUUGUUGCAUGUAGUACAGGUUACGGAGGAUAUAUAAACAAAAUUUUGUCAGCACCUAUUCUAUAUCCAUUCAGUAGAGUGACCUAUUGUGCUUAUCUUAUUCAUCCAAUAAUUAUUAGACUGACUGCUAUGAACUUAGAUUCACCUUUUCAUUUGGGAAAAGAUACAAUGAUGAUAACUUUCUUAGGACAAUUGAUCUUAUCUUAUUUCCUAUCAUUCAUUGUAUCAGUGAGUUUUGAAGCUCCCGUAGUAAGCAUGUUAAAAAUUCUAGCACCAAGAAAAAGAAAGCGCAUACAAUAAGAAUACUAAUAAACUUAUUUAAUCAUUGAGCAGUCCUCUUUUAUAUAUAUAUUUAUAUAAUAUUAUUUUCACUCUUUUUCUAAUAAGAUCUCUAAACUUUGUAAAAAACAAUCUAUUAAUAAACAUAUGAGGACAAAAACAAUGUACACAUUUCAAAUAAAUAUGUUUUCUUAAAUUUUGU